AGCGCUCUCACACAUCAGCAUCUCGUUGACUGGGUCACAUCUGAAGAUGGCUUCCCUCCCUGUGUUUGUUUGCCUGUUGGCACUGGUUGUGCAGUGUCACUCUGACUGCUUCUUUAAGGAGUUAGUGAUCAAAGAUUUGAAAAACCCUCCCACAGGGUGUGUGGAUGAGGAUGGACAGCAGCAUGCUUUUGGCGCUGACUGGACGAGAGACUGCAUAUCGUGCUCUUGUUCGACGAACGGCAUGAGCUGCUGCAACCAGUUACCUGGGGUAGCUGAAGUAUACAUCCCUGAGGAGUGUGAGCUGGUUGUAAAUAAGCAGGCCUGCACUGCCAAGCUGGUGUUGAAGUCAGACAAGACAAAACAUUGUAUCCCCACUUAAAUACACUAACCUCGACACGUCAGCGACAACUGGAGUCUAGACUGGCAAUAGGUCUUCUAUAUGUUUCCCAUUUGACCUACUCGUCAGUGGUGUGUACAUACAGUAAAUUACCAAUAAAC